AAUCUGAAGAACCAGCACAUGCUUUACACAAAUUGCUUGGGCAAUUUUCCUUUACUUGAGAUGUUGUAGCUGGAAAAUAUUUCAGCUCUUCCUGAGAUGUAUUUAAAACUGGAGCAAUUUGGCUAUAUUUACAUCUGUAAAGUGCCAUUUUUAACAGAUGCAGAGUAUUUUUUAGUGCAUCUGCAAAUUAUGCAUUAUUAAUUUGUUUGUAACACGUAGGACAUAAAAGUGGAAAGAAGUUUAAAAAUAAUUAAAAACCCCUGAAACUGAUCUCUGUCACAUAAGAUUAUGAUAAAGUACAUCAACAGAUAGCUUAUUAUACUCUUGUGCCUCAAACUGAAUAAUUCCAUAACUCCAAAACACAACAGACUUUAUGUUAGAGUUUUUUCACUGAGAAAUUACUAGAAGCAGCAGAAAUGUGCAACCAGUUGUGCAAGAUUUUAUUAAUGUAUUUAGUAACACUACGUGCCUUCUCUCAAUUAGUGAUUGCAGAACUGCAAGAAGCUCUGUAUGUUUUUCUGACAUCUCAUACUUCCAGUCUGAUACUAGGUAAUAGCCCAGUAAGGUUUUCUUGAUUUCUAAGUGAAAUUGAGAUAUCGUAGCUAGAAAGUAUGCUUGUAUUGAACAAGUAAUAUAAUCUGUUGUCAUGCUUUGGAAAUACCUUGAGGUGAGGCGUUUGGUGUUGUCUGUAGGAAUUUUGUGUACAUACAGUUCACAUGUGCCUCACCUCUACAUGUUGGCUCUGUUGCACAAGGGCACUUGGCAACAUGUGUCCUAGAAAACAUGUGCUGCUGUUUGGAUGUUUUGCUCAAGAAAGUGCUUGGUGAAAUAGGUCUUGUGUCUUUUUUUUUCCCAUUACCCUCGAAAUUUGGUCACAUAACAGACAAAAAGAGUCUUCAGAGGUCUGAAGAGUUGAUCAUGUUCUGUUUCUGCUUAAAAAUACAGCUUCUGCUGACUUUCAUGAAGACUAAACAGACAAUUAUCCUUGUCCAUGUUUAGAGAUGGGAACAGGGACAGUCAAUCAGCAAAUCAUUGCCAUGGUUUGCCACCUCUUCAAUAUUAUGAUCAUGCAAUGGUUGCGAUUUUUCUUUCUACAAAGAAAAUUCCUAAAGAAAGGGAUGUAGGCUGCAUAUUCUGUCAGAUUAGUAUCUGACUGAGAAGGUCUGAGGUGACUUCUUAACAAAGGAAGGCCUUUCCACUUAUUUGCACAUGCUGUGUUUGAUGCUACUCAACAUUCUGAGUUGAAAAACUACAUUGUGUACAUGCGAUACUGGAGUGAUACUGCGAUUUUUCCUGAUUAUUUCCACUGGUGUUACUGUAGAUGGCAUUUUUUAGCAUUUGGUAACUUGCUCCAGGCACAUCCAGCCUCAUAGAAGACGGUGGAAUGAACUGCCAGACUACAGCUUGGAUUAAUUUUUAUCUUCUUACAGAUCUGACGUAUAGUUUUGGCUCUUCCCACACUGAACACUUCCCACUCUGAAGUAUCUUAACAGUGGGAGGUAAGCUGUUUUACAUGUGCAUUGUGUCUAGUGAUUGGAGCAAGGUUCCGAAACAUUCACUAUUCUCAUCCCCUUCCCCUCUGGAAGUGAGUUGCAAUGCAUUUAGUGAAAACUUGAAUACUGCUUUUGUGUCCUGGUGCAGUGUGCAUUCUCUCUCUUCUCUGGGUACCCUGCUUGGGAGUAAAGGAAUGAUGGGCAGCCACCAGGUGCAGCCCUCUCCAUUUCACUGUAUAUUCAGAAUAGUUUUGAUAACCAUUUUGAAAAAUUAACUUUGGUCCAUUGUUGAGAUGGCUGCACCAAUAAAUGGCAAAAAGAAAAGAACUGGUCCUUGCCCUGUCACCAAGCGUAGCACACGAGUGCCAUUUAUUGCCUCUCUGCUGGUCUUCUUGCUUUCAGAUGGAACCUAUAGCAUAGUGUAGGAGUAUGUUAAAGAAUGAAAUUAAAAGCAGAUGGGGCCACAGGCGACCAUCUUAAGAGGAAACCACAUCAGGAGGUGCAUUAGCAGAACAGGUUUGGGUGUGCCUGGCUGAAUGCCUCUGAUCACUUGAAUGUGCACCAAGAGCCGGCUAAUGCACACCCUUUUGUGGCUCAUAAAAAAAUACGCACUGUAUUUUUCCAGUCUGAUUCCAUUCAGCAGUCCCCAGUAAAAGCAAGUGUUUGUUUCUGAGGGGAAAGAGGGGCUCCAGGGAUGCAAGGAUAACAGCUACUAAAGCAAACAUUUACCUGCAAUUCUCCCCUAGCCUUCUGUAUAUUUGACCACAUUUACUGGUACACAAGUUCUGCUACAUUCAUUAACCACGGCAAACUGUCUUCUCUAACUAGGGUUUUCUGAAAGCACAUCAUGAAAGGAGCGCAUCUUUAACAGUGUAUUUUGAAUAAGAAUUGUCUAUCUGUGGGAGUUGGGUUAUUUGUAUCACCGUAGACAGAAAUGAUCUCUGUAUUUCAUAGGACCUUGCUGUUUUGUACUUAUUGAUUGUUUAUUUUUCAUCCAUGGGAUUACUAAUUACAGCUAGUACCAGAUGCUUCUGUCUCCUUUCAGACUAUUGUAGCAAAGGGCAUUGUACCAGAUGCAUGGUUAUUCACAGACAUGCAUUUCCAGCAACUGAACUGCUGGAUCUGCUCUAAAUGAUCUAUGGCAAUUACAUUUGGCAUUGUACAGCUAUAAUUUUACUGCAUAUUAAUAGCCACCUAGCAAAGAGGUAAAUGCCCUUUUCUUGGCUGGGUGCGGAAUGAAUGCCUGGAUGUAUUCAACUGGGUGAAACAAGGCCUGGGUUUUAAAUGCAUAGCAGCGAUUAUAUGUAUCAGAAAUGCUUGCGUUGGUGAAUUGUCUGUUUCUCUCUGCCUUGAUGGUAUGUAGCAAGGAUCUGAGAGAAACAUCAUCAAGCCAGAUCCUAGAUAGAGACAUGCUACAGGCAGGGGAGGGGGAAGGGGAUCAUGUGCCCCAUUUUUACUGGCUCAUCUGCUACCACCCAAAAUCUGUUGCACUCUUGUAAUUUUUUUUUACCCAUUUCAGCAGCUCGGCCAAUGAGCAUGAAGACUGUCAGGUUUCACCAGCAAAAUUAGUAAUUAAAACUGCCCUCCCUAGACCUUUCACUUAAAGAUGUCCUUAAAGAUGAUCCAUUUCCUUCCCUCUUUAUUUUUCUUGGGGGUCGUGUGGCGGGGCCGCCAGGGAGUGGGUGGGAGCAAAUAACAAGGAAUCGAAGGGGAUUAACGAGCUUUCUAGUUAUUAGCCCAGCUCGGGUGCUUUGUCUCUGCUCCUGGCUGAGAGCGGGCUGACGGGAAGGUCUUAAGGGAGGGGGGGAAACAAGAUGACUGGAGGGGUCGGCGUGCGGGAAGCCACAGCCACACGCGAGGGCAGGCGGGCAGACAGCUAGACACAGAGCCACCCCACCCCACCUCACAUCACAGACAGACAGACAGACACCGACCCUGCGGGGCAUCUCCGGGCCGCGCGCGGGGCUGGGUGAGGUGCGGGCGGGCAGCGAAAUGGCGCCGGGCCCAGCCCGUCCUGUGCGGCAGCCGGAGCGGCGGCGCUGAGCGCAGCAAGCGCGGAGCCGGCGAGCAGCGGAGCCGGAGCGCGGCGCUGCCUGCGGUCCGCGGCGCACCACGCUGCGUGGGCGGGGAGAGAAAGGCAGAGGGAGAGACUCGCAGACAGACAGUACAGACCGGGAGCGCGGCAGAUAAAGGACGGAGAACAGGGAGAGAGCAGCGAGCCAGAAGGGGAUCCAGACAGGCGCCGAGAGCGGACAGGCAGAGACGGGCGGAGCGGCGGACCGGACGGGGCCGGGACAGGAGGCGGCCGGCGUGUCGGGCGGUGCCGCCGCAGCCAGUGCGCUCGGCCAGCAUCGCGGCGCGGCGGUGGAUCUCCUCCCGCGGCGGAGGCGGAGGAAGAGACGAUGUCUUUCAUGAAGACAGUCACUGUACUGUAACAGCAGCGUAUCCGCAGCAAAAUAAACAAACCGGCCAACCAAAAAUACCAAACAAACAAAAAUAGCCCGAGCCGCCAAGACGCUGGGGGCAGAUCCCGUUUGCAGGUUAACUAUGAUGCAUCAAGCCCUCUGAAGGACCAGCAUGGAGAUUGACACUCUGAACUGUUAAUGGGGACAUGGGACUCACGUUGCCGUUGAUCAUUUGUGUGGACUUAACCAGCAAAGACCAACAGAAGACACUAAAAAGGCAGUUGGAAUUUUAGCAAGCAGUUUUUCAGGUCACCAAAUCUUGUUAUUUUAAUUUCUGUCUGGAAGAAUGUCUGAGCAAGGUAAAUUGAACCAGGAGACAGCAGAAGAAGCUGCAAAAGAGCAGGAGACUGCCAUCUCUGAAGCCAACCCAGACAACUGUGCUCUUAAUAAAUCUGAAAGCUCAGAAGUAGAGGAGGAAAAGCUCAGUGACUCCAAGACAGAGCUGCAGAAACGAGGUGCAAAUCAGCAGAAAAAGAGAUCCAAGUCAGGAGCUAAGGGAAAACUAGUGCGGAGUCUUGCUGUGUGUGAAGAGUCAUCCCCUCGCCCAGGAGCAGAAAAUCUUCAUGACAACCAGGAAUCAAUCCAACUACAGCUUUCAAGUUUUCCUAGCUUGCAAGAAGAAGAUAAAUCUAGUAAAGAUGACUCUGAGAAAGAAAAAGAGAAGGAUAAAAAUAAAGAUAAAAACAGUGAAAAAAGCAAGAUCAGAAUGUUAUCAAAAGAUUGCAGUCAAGAGUAUACAGACUCGACAGGCAUAGAUUUGCAUGAGUUUCUCAUCAACACUUUAAAGAAUAACCCCAGGGAUAGAAUGAUACUCUUGAAAAUGGAACAGGAAAUUAUUGAUUUUAUUAGUGACAACAAUAAUCACUACAAAAAGUUCCCUCAGAUGUCAUCAUAUCAGAGGAUGCUAGUGCACAGAGUGGCAGCUUAUUUUGGAAUGGAUCACAAUGUGGAUCAGACUGGAAAAUCUGUAAUUAUCAACAAGACCAGCAAUACAAGAAUACCAGAGCAAAGGUUUUCUGAACAUUUAAAAGAUGAAAAAGGUGAAGAAUCCCAGAAGCGAUUUAUCUUGAAGCGAGAUAACUCUAGUAUUGAUAAAGAAGACAAUCAGCAAAACAGAAUUCUUCCAUUUAGAGAUGACAGACGAAGUAAAUCAAUUGAAGAGAGAGAAGAGGAGUAUCAGAGAGUGAGGGAGAGAAUAUUUGCACAAGAUUCAGUUUGCUCCCAGGAAAACCUUUUUGUGGAAAACAGUAGGCUGUUGGAAGACAGUAGCAUUUGCAAUGAUAUGCAUAAGAAAAGACAGCUGUUUAGGGGUAACAGAGACAGCAUUGGGAAGACAUCUAGCAGUCGGCAGAGCAGUACGGAGAACGAAUUGAAGUGGGCAGACCACCAGAGGCCAUGGAGCAGCACAGACUCGGACAGCUCAAAUCGAAAUUUGAAGCCAGCCAUAACAAAGACAGCCAGUUUUGGUGGGAUAACUGUCCUGACAAGAGGAGAUAGCUCAUCAAGUAACAGAAGUACCGGCAAACUGUCUAAAACAGGCUCAGAGUCUUCCAGCAGUGCUGGCUCCUCAGGAUCACUGUCACGAAUACAUCAGCCUCUCCAAAGUGCAUCUCUCAUCCCUGGGGUAACAGCCAAUUCUUCAGGCUGUGUGUCCUACCCUGAGAACGGGAUGAGUGGCCAGGUGGCCUCCAGCAACACCAGCUAUAUCAUUCUUCCACUUGAAGCUGCAGGGAUACCGCCUGGCAGUAUCCUUCUCAACCCACACACAGGUCAACCAUUUGUAAAUCCUGAUGGAACGCCGGCAAUAUACAAUCCUCCCAGUGGCCAGCAGACAGUGAGGAGCCAAGUGGUGGGACAGUCUCAGCAGCAGCCUUCACCCCAGCAGCCUCAGCAGGUUCAACAGCCACAGCAGCAAAUAGCAAGUCAUCUUGUCACACAGCCUGUUCAGACAAUGCAGCCAUCUUCUCAGUCAGUUCAAUAUCCAGCAGUUUCUUAUCCUCCCCAGCAUCUCCUGCCAGUCUCCCCAACGCAGCAGUUUUCCGUGCGAGAUGACAUGACAGCGCAGUUUAACCAGAUGAGCUUAAGUCGUCAAUCAUCAGGAGACAACCCCGAGUCGCCUUCUGGCCCCAUGUACCCCUCACCGAUCCUGCAGCAGCCUGCCCAGCAGACAGGUUACAUCAUGGCCUCCCCAAGCCAGCAGCUUCCCCCAGGAGGCUUCACGGGUUCAGGACCGCCAGUGUCCCAGCAGGUGCUGCAGCCACCACCACCGCCCCAGGGUUUCGUGCAACAGCCACCACCACCUCCUCAGAUGCCAGUGUAUUAUUACCCAUCUGGUCAGUACCCUACCUCAACAACUCAGCAGUACAGACCCAUUGCCUCAGUCCAGUACAACUCACAGCGGAGUCAACAGAUCCCCCAGACUGCCCAGCAGGCAGGUUACCAGCCUGUCCUGCCGAACCAGCAGCAGGGGUUCCAGGGUCUCAUGGGAAUGCAGCAACCACCCCAAAGCCAGAACCUGAUGAAUAAUCAACAGGGAAAUCAGGUGCAAGGCAUGAUGGUUCAGUAUCCAGCCAUGUCAUCUUAUCAGGUGCCAAUGACCCAGAGUUCUCAAGGAUUGCCACAACAAUCAUAUCAACAACCAAUCUUGCUACCUAAUCAAUCAGGUCAAGGAACAAUUACAGCCACUGGAAUGCCUGUCUACUGUAAUGUCAUACCUCCGGCCCCACAGAACAACCUCCGGUUGAUUGCCCCACACUGCCCCUCCAAUAACGUUCCAGUUAUUUCUGCCAGCUGCAGGACAAACUGUGCAAGCAUCAACAAUGCAGGGUGGAAGGUCAAUUACUGACACUGUGGCUUAGAUUCAUGAGGAUAGAGGUGCAUUCUUUGAUAAUUAAAUCAUGGCCUUCAAAUGAAGAGGAACACAAGAGAAUAAUCAGUUGAGGACACGAGUACUGACUAUGCUCAAGUGAUGUGCUGCUGGAAAAACCUGUAAAAAAAAAUUAAUUUGGAAAAAAAAUGUUUGCUGGUUAAUGGUGCAUAUAUUUGGCAUGUCUGCUAGGUAUGCCUUUAUAGCUUAACUAGUGACAUGAAUUCAUUGAGGUAAGAUUUUUUCCUACCACUAAACACCACUGUGUAGAUUGUAAUAUCCCCAAUUCGGAUUAGUUUUGUACUUUGUGUGAGUUUGUGAAGCUAAAAGUAUUUAAAAAUAUAAUAAAAUUACAUUGUACCAAAGCUGUAAUGGAAAUGAAGAAAAAAAAAAAAAACAACAAAAAAACAACAAACAAAAAAUCAGAAAGAGAAUUGCUGAAUGGAAGGAAUAAUUUAUAUACACUAUAGAGUUUUUUUAAUCGAUAUAUACUGUAUUGUAGUGCUUAAUCACAAUAAAGUUAUUUGACCUCAUGAAGGAAGGUCAUGUUUCUACCA